GCAAAUCUGAUGAGCCGCCUUCAAUAUACAUGGUGUUUCCCUACAUGGACCACGACCUUGCUGGAUUGCUAGAAAAUCCUAAGGUUCAAUUUAGUGAAGCGCAGAUCAAAUGUUACUUAAAACAAUUACUUGAAGGGACUUAUUACCUUCAUCAGCAAAAAAUUUUGCACCGUGAUUUGAAAGCGGCCAAUUUGUUAAUUGAUAAUAAGGGUAUAUUGAAGAUUGCUGAUUUCGGGCUCUCUCGUCCUCUACAAGACAAAACUUUAACUGGCUGUGUUGUUACACGCUGGUAUCGUGCACCCGAAUUACUCCUCAAACAUAAAAGAUAUAAUACAGCAAUUGAUAUGUGGGCAAUUGGAUCCGAUCAGGAUCAAUUGGAUUUAAUAUUUAGGCUGUGUGGAACACCAACUGAGGAGACUUGGCCAGGAUGGUCUACCCUAUCCAAUGGGGUUGAAAUUACUUCUGGUAACUACCGUAGGAGGAUCAAAGAAGAAUUUUCAUCGAUCGG